UAUGAGACUGAAAGCCACAUUUGUUUCCUUGGUGCUGCUGCAUCUCGGGACGAUUCGCUUUGAUGGGGAACAUAUCUGCGGGUUUACACAUCAGUUUGUUAUAGUAACAGCAGAAAACCUGAAGCAACAUGGACAUCCUUAAGUCACUGGGCCACCCGGAAGAGAUAUUCAACCUAUUUAAGUUUAAAUUGGGGGGAUGCAGCACCGUAAUGCGAAAGUUGGAUUAUGAGUCCAUGAGUGAGAGUCUGCGGACAUGCUACCUGUAUCUGAACCAAACCAGUCGCAGUUUUGCAGCUGUCAUUCAAGCGCUGGACGGGGAGUUGAGACAUGCAGUUUGUAUUUUCUACCUGGUGCUGCGAGCGUUGGACACAGUGGAGGACGACAUGACGAUCCCUUUGGACAAGAAGGUUCCCAUGCUGAAUGAUUUCCACACCUACCUGUACCAGAAUGAGUGGUGCUUCACCGAGAGCCAGGAGAAAGACAGACAGGUUCUGGCAGAUUUCCCCACGAUAUCAGUGGAGUUCAGAAACCUCGCUAAGGAAUAUCGAGACGUCAUCUCAGAUAUCUGCCACCGUAUGGGAGUAGGAAUGGCUGAAUUCCUGGAAAAGAAAGUGGGAUCCAUGAAGGAGUGGGACUUGUAUUGCCAUUAUGUGGCGGGGCUGGUUGGUAUCGGUCUGUCUCAGCUGUUCUCUGCGUCCCAGCUGGAGGACCCCGAAGUGGGGCGCGAUACCGAGCUAGCUAACUCCAUGGGCCUGUUCCUCCAGAAGACGAACAUCAUCCGAGAUUAUCUGGAGGACAUACAGGUGGGACGCGCCUUCUGGCCUCAAGAGGCUUGGAGCCAGUUUGCUGGUCGUCUGGAGGACUUUGCGCAGCCUGAGAAGCUGGAGUCGGCUCUCUCCUGUCUCAACCUGCUGGUUACUGACGCUCUGCGACAUGUCCCUGAUGUUAUAACCUACCUGUCCCGCCUGCAAAACCAGAGCGUCUUCAACUUCUGCGCCAUUCCACAGGUAAUGGCAAUAGCUACACUGUCGACUUGCUACAACAACCCCAUGUUAUUCCAGGGAGUGGUGAAGAUCAGGAAGGGGCAGGCGGUCACGCUUAUGAUGGAGGCCACCAACAUGAGAGCCGUGCAGACCAUCAUCGCCCAGUAUAACCAGGAGAUUUUACUGAAGGUCUCCCACACGGACCCGACCCGGGACAACACGCUGCGCAUCCUGGCUUUAAUCGAGAAGUCUGCCCUUUCACAGAGCAACCUGCCCUCAAGGACCGCCCACCUGUCGCCAAUGUACCUGUCUGCUGCCAUGCUGCUAGCUGCUCUCAGCUGGCAGUACCUCAGCACCACCACGGCACUGGACACCGGGGACAUGAAGGGACAGUGAACCCAUUUACCCUCACCUCUCCGGGGCCCACAGACUCAGAAAGCCCCUUUUGCCCACUCUGGAUGUCCAGUUCCUUUCUAUCUGCAAUCUGAAACACUGCCCUCCUUACUACAGCUGUCACAGGAACAUGGACAUAUUUAGACUAUGGAGGGGUUCUGGUAGCAGGCUGGUCUCUUUAGGUUGUUUGACAGUGAUUUCGAGUAGUCCAUCCUGCUUCUGGAUACAUUAAUUACACAAAUUGUUGUGUGGUUAUAUUCACCAGCAUAAAUCGCACAUUAAAACAAUUCAGGGUGUUUUCUUGUUUGAUGUUUAUGUUUACUCUGUUCCCCUUUUUGUUUCAUUUGUAACAUUUUGACCCCUUGACUAAAGUGAAGUUAUAAACAUAAAGGUAGUAGUUUUAAUUUCCCUGUUAAUUGGUGAAUACAAAUUACACGACCCUACCUUUUCAAGACAGUCCCCAAUUCCAUUACGUUUUUGUUUGAUUGUGUCAACUCUUUUUUAUUUUCUCUCUCUUGUCAGAUUAAAGCUAGUUUUAUAUCCAUCUUGCUAUGCUUAUUCAGGAGAAACUCUCAAAAUAAAUAUUAGUUACAAUCAUGCACUUUACAGUAAAUCUGCUGCAUCCGCAUCCUCAGACGCUAUUACUUUAUUUCACCCCUUUAUGUCUUUGUGUUUCAUUUGUAUAUCUUUCGAAAUCGGAGAAAAACAAGGCUAUUCCUGAUGUAGUUUUGACAUGAACUUUUUAAAUGAAUCAGGAAGAACAAAAAAACAUAUGGAGACUGCUAGCUUAAGUGUCCUUAAUGCAGCUUUGGUGAGUAGAAAGGCUAGCACAGAGUUACCUUGUACAGAACCAAAGGAGAGCUACAAACAUUGCUAUGUAAUGUGACAUUUUGAUUUGUACAUAUUUGAGAAAAAUAAAGAAGUUAAAUAAUUUAAA